GGGAGCUCUCGGGGCGCCUGCGCAGUGCAAGACCUGCCGCUCUGGUGUCGCCGCCGCCGCUGCCGCAGCUGCCGUUGCCGCCUCCCUGCCUGCAAGUGUGUGAAGGAGGAGCCGAGGGUCGCCGCCGCUGCCACCGCCAUGGGGAGAAAGUCAAGCAAAGCAAAGGAGAAGAAGCAGAAGCGGCUGGAGGAACGUGCAGCCAUGGAUGCUGUCUGUGCCAAAGUGGAUGCAGCCAACAGGCUUGGAGACCCUCUGGAGGCUUUCCCAGUGUUCAAGAAAUAUGACCGGAACGGGUUGAAUGUCUCCAUUGAAUGUAAGCGGGUGUCUGGACUGGAGCCAGCCACCGUGGACUGGGCGUUUGACCUGACCAAAACGAAUAUGCAAACCAUGUAUGAGCAGAGUGAGUGGGGCUGGAAAGACCGAGAGAAACGGGAGGAAAUGACGGACGACCGAGCGUGGUAUCUCAUUGCUUGGGAGAACAGUUCUGUGCCUGUUGCCUUUUCUCACUUCCGAUUUGACGUGGAGUGCGGGGAUGAAGUCCUGUACUGCUAUGAAGUGCAGUUGGAGAGCAAAGUGCCGCGGAAAGGCCUGGGGAAGUUCCUCAUACAGAUCCUGCAGCUUAUGGCCAACAGUACACAGAUGAAGAAGGUGAUGCUAACAGUAUUUAAACACAAUCACGGUGCCUACCAGUUCUUCCGAGAAGCACUACAAUUUGAAAUUGAUGACUCUUCUCCCAGCAUGUCUGGCUGCUGUGGGGAAGACUGCUCCUAUGAGAUCCUGAGCCGGAGAACCAAGUUUGGGGACAGCCAGCACUCCCACGCAGGUGGGCACUGUGGCGGCUGCUGUCACUGAACUCCCAGAGCCACUUACGUCAGAAUCUGCUCUCCUAAGGCCUGUCUUCUCCCCUGGUCUCACGUCACUUGCCAGGUGCCCUAAGAGCUGUGGUCUCCUCAACCCUGUAUGUACCAGAUGGCACCCUGAGAGCACAGAACCCUGGGGAGGAGUGGUCCACGCUGCCCCGUCUCCUCUCUCUUGGAAGAGCACAGUGCCAGGAGGGAAUGGAGGGAGAGGGUGCUACAGGAAGACCACUGCGGGCCGGCGGGAAGCUCCUCUCUUGUGGCUGCCUCCUUACUCCACUCAGAAGGUUCCCCUACUUCCCCACAGUUGGAUUCCUGGUGGACCUUCCCCUUCCCUGGACAAAUGGAAUGUUUUAUCCACUCUUGUGAAAGUUUUAAGAGUCCUGGUCUGGGGUCUGCUGGGCCCCAAAGAGGACUGGACUUUGUAUGAUCCAAGUGCAAAGCAAGAGAGAGAGACCCUGGUUCAGAGAGACCCUGGCUCCCUUACUUCUCGAUCUCAUGGAUGGCGCUCGUGUGGAGACUGCAUAGGCCUUCUACACCAAGAUACAGGGAAGCUCUUUCUAGCCACAUGCUUGUAGAUCCACAGAGUGGAGUUGUCCAGGGACCGGCCAACCGGAAGGCUGCCUCUCUCCAUUGCUGUCAGGGAGGGCGGACAGGACCAGCCAGGUGUCCUGGGGGCUAACAUGGGGAUGCCUGCUUCUCUGGGCUCUUAGACUUUGCUGCAUUCUAAGCUUGACCUCUUGAUCUCAUGGCGGUGACUUGAGCUUUUAAUUCAAGAAGAAAGCCAGAGGCCCUGCCUGUUCCUCUCCAUUGCCCUCUCGACACUUUCUCCCCUGCCUCUUGCCUCCACCCCAGAUACCUCUGUUCUUAGUCUCAAGGGGGGAGUAACAUCAGGGAGCCUCUUGUCUUCCCCCAGAAGGAUCCCUUGUUCCUGGUGUAGUUGAUACUUUCCUCUCACCUGUUGGUGCUGAUAUCUCUCUGAAGGUGGGAUGUCCCACCGCUGUCCUCCCUCUUCAGAGAGCCCCCAGCCAGCAGCAGGCCCCUCUGCCUGCACCCCCAGCCUCACCCCUCACUGUUUCAGUGAGGCACUGGUGCCACUGUCCUGGCCAAGCCGGGCCACAGCUCAGCUGCAGCAGGAAUGCCCUUCAGUGGCCCAAACAGCUGCUCUGCUUUUCUCUCUGGUGUCAUCCUGUGUCAGCAGGUUGGAGCAGUGGGAGAAGGCCUUCCUCUUAGAGGUGUAGAGGAUGUGGGCUCUGAACUUACACUCAUCCUGAUCUCUAGGCCUUGUUCCUCUUCCAGAAGAAAAACCAAAUCUUUAUCCAGGAAAAAGCACCUAACACCUCCCUUUUGACGUCCCAAGCUUUGCUUCAGGGAAUGUCGUGAAGGUUCUAGCCUUUGUGCAGUUGUCUCCUAGGGGGUCCGUCAGCCCCUCUGCUGCUGGAGUCUGCUCACUCCACCCUCUGCCCUUACUCAGGUGGUCUGUCCUGGCAGAUCUCAUUAGAGUGGUCCUUGCUUCUCACCCAGAGUCCUGCCUGCAUAGCAGCCUGUGCUCAUGAGGCCUCGCUUCCCAGCCUGGCCUCUGCUGAGAGCCUGGUGCUGCUCUCGACCCCACCAGCAGCGGGCCUGGCACUCCUGGGAGAGGGCCUCGCAGCUUUACACUGGAUACGGCCACGGUCGCCUUGCCUGCUGGCUCCCUGGGGUUUUACCCCAGUGAGAGUUGAACUUUUUGGGUAGGGGUUGGCAAACUCCUAAGAAUCACAAAACAACAAGAGCACGUUUAGGAAGAGUCUGAUCCCUGUCUCAAAGUACAGAGUGCUAAAUAUUUAUUGUCUUAGAUCAUGAAUUUCUGAUACCUCCCACUCAAGGGGACCAAAAGGAACCCCCAGUAUAGACCCCAUUUGAGGUGAGCUCAGUUUAUGUUGUCUCUUUCCAGUCAUUGGUAAUGGGAUGCUCAGGGCCAUGCCCUGCUUCCCCCAGCCUCUGCAGGCCAUGUCCCAGAGGCGGCAUCAGGAGGUUAGGCUGGGAGGUUAGGCACUGGCUGAGACUGCAGGUGUGGGUGUUGGGCCCUCAUGUCUCAGAUGGCAGUUUCCACCUCCCUUGGGUCUUGGUUUUGAGAAACAGCAGGCCUUUUUUGUUGGUUUUUUUGUUUGGGGCAUGUUAAGAUAUAUUUUUAAGUUUUUUUUUUUUUUAAGUUGUAUCUGCUCUAUUUCAGGUUAUUUGUUGGUGUCAGCUAUGUAUGGUUCUUUUUAACCCUUUGUGUUUUUUUAGAGAAAACUUGGAAGAUAAACUUCUUGAUAUAUAUAUUUUUUUCUUUAGCAACUUGUUAUCACUGGAAUCAAAGGGAAAAGUGAUCUCUUUUUUGCAUUGGUUGUAUUUGUAUGUCACAAAUAAAAGACACUUUGUUCA